AUGAGAUCUGCAUCUAUCCUCUCCGCGGCACUGGCUGCCUUUGCUCCCCUGGCCUCGGCCGCGGACGCCGUUUCUGGCGCCGCUGAAGGCUUUGCCAAGGGCGUCACUGGCGGUGGCAGCGCCACUCCCGUCUACCCUUCCACCACUGCCGAGCUUGCCUCCUACCUCAAGGACUCUUCCGCUCGCGUCAUUGUCCUGACCAAGACCUUUGACUUCACCGGUACCGAGGGAACUACCACCGAGACCGGCUGUGCACCCUACGGCACUGCUGCUGCCUGCCAGGUUGCUAUCAACAAGGACAACUGGUGCACCAACUACCAGCCCAACGCCCCCAAGGUCUCUGUCAGCUACGACAAGGCCCCGUUCAACCCCCUCAUUGUCGGCAGCAACAAGUCUCUGAUCGGCCAAGGAUCUAAGGGUGUCAUUAAGGGCAAGGGUCUUCGCAUCACCAACUCAGCGAAGAACGUCAUUAUCCAGAACAUCCACAUCACGAACCUGAACCCCAAGUACGUCUGGGGAGGUGAUGCUAUCUCUCUGGACGGCACCGACCUUGUCUGGAUCGACCACGUCAAGACCUCCCUGAUCGGUCGUCAGCACAUCGUUCUCGGCAACGGUGCUUCUAACCGUGUCACCAUCUCCAACAACGAGAUUGACGGCUCCACCUCCUGGUCUGCCACCUGCGACAACCACCACUACUGGGGUGUCUACCUGACCGGCAGCAACGACAUGGUCACCUUCAGCAAGAACUACAUCCACCACACCUCCGGCCGCUCCCCCAAGAUCGCUGGCAACUCCCUCGUCCACAUCUCUGGCAAUUAUUUCUACGCCAACUCCGGUCACGCCAUGGAGGCCGAUGCUGGUGCCAAGGUUGUCCUCGAGGGCAACGUCUUCCAGAACGUCGUUGCUGCCAUGCAGUCUGGUCUGGCCGGCAAGGUCUUCUCCAGCCCCGAUGCCAACACCAACGCUCAGUGCUCCAGCUACCUGGGCCACACCUGCCAGCUCAACGCCUACGGCAGCUCUGGCUCGCUCUCUGGCUCCGACACCAGCAUUCUCUCCAGCUUCUCUGGCAAGAACGUUGCCGCCACUGUCACCGCCAACGACGCCAAGAACGUCCCCAACACCGCUGGCUUUGGAAAGAUCUAA